CAAGUGACUCCAGAGCAGCAAACCGGCACUUCCAGGGUUCAAGAGCGUCAAGGGGUCGCUGCGUCUUGCCUAGAUAAAAUUUUAUGCACAGUUCCUUUAGGAGCCCUUAAAAUCUUCAAGGCUUUCACAGAGGAAGACACAUUUGACGUGGAAACUUGGUUCUUCGCGAAAGCCACGACUCUGAUCUGCUGAUUCAUAGAGGUGACAAACAUGGCGGGAGGAAAGGCGCCACGCAAAGCUUCUAGCAGGACCCCUCACCAGUUCACUGGCAUUGAGUUUCAGAAAAGCAAGGGGCAGCACAUCUUAAAAAACCCUUUAGUGGUGCAAUCGAUUGUACAAAAGGCGGGCAUAAAGUCCACUGAUGUCGUUCUAGAAAUUGGGCCCGGAACGGGAAAUCUUACGGUCAAACUCCUGGAAGCGGCCAAGAAGGUGAUUGCAGUGGAGCUGGAUCCUCGCAUGGUGUUGGAGCUCCAGCGAAGAAUGCAGGGGACAUCGUAUGCAGAUCAUCUGCAGAUUAUCCAGGGUGACAUCCUCAAGACACAGCUGCCCUACUUCGACGUGUGCGUAGCCAACAUCCCAUACCAGAUCUCCUCCCCCAUCGUUUUCAAGCUACUCUCCCACCGCCCCCUCUUCCGCUGUGCCGUCAUCAUGUUCCAACGCGAAUUUGCCAUGCGGCUUUUAGCCAAGCCAGGGGAGUCGCUGUACUGCCGGCUGUCGGUCAACACGCAGCUCCUGUCCAGAGUGGACCACUUACUUAAGGUCGGCAAGAACAACUUCCGGCCACCCCCCAAAGUCGACUCGUCGGUGGUGCGGAUCGAGCCGCGGAACCCGCUGCCGCCCGUGAACCUCAAGGAGUGGGACGGCCUGGUGCGCCUGUGUUUCAGCCGGAAGAACAAGACGCUGGGCGCCAUCUUCAGACAAAAGAACGUGCUCUUGCUACUAGAAAACAAUUACAAGACGUACCAAGCUUUACAAGCAGUUAGUGAGCCUUCUGCAGGACAGACUGCGGAUGUAAAUAUGCUGGCGGACGAUGCGGAAGAAGGGGACGAUGCAAUUGACACAGGAACUGCAGCCAUGGAUACAGAUGUGCCGGAGGACGAUCUUGUGCUGAAAGGAAAGGAGGGGCUUGCAAAAGUCAAAGAGCUGGCUUUGCAAGUUCUCAAGGCAAAUGACUUCGAAGACAAGCGGUCCUCGAAGCUCCAGCAAGACGACUUCUUGAGACUUUUAGCUGUCUUCAAUGAACAGGGUAUUCACUUCGCUUAAAUAUACGAAGCUGGACCCUCACAAAAGAUUUUCCUUCCCAGCCGGUUAGUGCAUGGCACCCAUGCGCGUUUUCAACCCACCAGUUAUUGGCUGACAAAAGUAAGCUGGCGUACAUGUAUAUAUUGGACGCAAGUUUGCAGGACUUAAUAGAUGGCUAGAUUGGUGAAGUAAUGGAUCUUGAUGUGGCCAUAAGCCUGCCCGACAAGAGGCUGUUUGCAUAGUAAGUUUGCAAUGCACGGAAACACGAUGAAGCGCAAGCAAAGGUAAACUUGGCCCAAUCUUGGCG